AUGAACAAUAAUAUAGUAUCAACCGUUAGUUUAAGAAGAGCAACACCCGAAGAGAGAAGACGAUUUGCUAGGAAAAACAAAAUUUGUAAAGCUUUCAUGUGUCUUUGUGCCAUUUUCAUUGUUGGAGUUUUUAUGGGGGUAGUUGGUGUCACCAUAUAUUUUGUGCGACUAAUUGCCGAUAGGCCAGAUGACUAUUGCGCCCCUGAAUUGUGCCCUAAGGGUGUCAAACAUACAGCAUGCAACCCAAAUUCGGUUCCUUGCAAAACUUUCAAGGAAAUAGCACUUUUGCAAAAGGAGCAGACGAAAAUACUAAAAUUGCACAACGACUGUCGCAAAUUGGUUGGAGUCACAAAAUCGUUGAAAUGGAAUGAAGAAUUGGCCUUUCUGGCCCUUGUACAUGCCAGAAGUUGUCCAAUGGAGGAGGACAAAUGUCGAAAUACAGCUCAAUUUUUAAAUGCUGGUCAGAACUUGCACAUAUUGUUCGAGCCGGAUCCGACUAUAAGAUGUCACGAGGCUGCAAUAAAGAGCUGGUGCACAUCGGGCAGCCGGAUGUCAAGAAAUCGUAAUAACGAAGACAAUGUCUCAAUUUUCAAAUGCUGGUCAGAACUUGCACAUAUUGUUCGAGCCGGAUCCGACUAUAAGAUGUCACGAGGCUGCAAUAAAGAGCUGGUGCACAUCGGGCAGCCGGAUGUCAAGGAAUCGUAA